GGUCGGAGCAUUGUUGGAACGCCUCUCGUUUCCCCUCCGCCAUUACAGUGAGAUCCAUGGAGUGAUUGUGGUUAUCGGGUGAUUUUCCAGUGAUUAAUCCAUAGUGUGUGGGUUGAGACCAAUCCAAGUGUCGUGUCAAAAAUGGAUAUAUGAUGUCUACGCACUCUCAGACGAACGGGGCAAGCUUAGAAGAUUGCCACACCAAUUUCUUCGCCCUGACUGACUUGUGCGGAAUAAAAUGGCGAGUGUACGCUUGGGACAACCCUGGCGGCGGCGGUGGCUGUGGCGGCGGCGGCGGUGGCGGAGUGGGGGGAGGGGGCGGACCAGCUGACCCCCUUGAGGACCCCGUGCUGGUGUCCUAUGCCCGCAUGAUGGCCGCCGACGUGCUGUGCGUGUGGCGGAGGACUUGGCGCGUUCCUCAGGAGCCCAUGCCCACCACGCAGCACCAGGCGCAGCAGCAGCACCAGCACCGCCACUCCCUCAGGCACUCGCCCAAGGAACUCUGGGUCUUCUGGUACGGCGACGAUCCUGACCUCACCAACCUGCUGGCGCCCGAGCUGCUCAAGAGCGGCGGUGAGUACAUGCGUCUUGGUGCCUUCUCCUCGGGCAGGCCGGGCGGGGUGGGGGCGGCUGGGUGCUCCUGCCGCGGGGGUCUUCCCACGAUCCUUCAGUGCCAGGUGGAGCGUGUCCCCCGGCAGCGGCAGGGUCGGUCGUCACACCCAGUGGCGAUGCUCUCCGCCCGUCCCUCCCCCGCGAGCGAGCGUGGGAAGGGCGGGAGUUGCCGUUUUGAGGAAGCCGAGAGGGCAACGGGUGGUUAA